CCAACUUUUCCCUGAUCAGUGACAGUCACACUGUUCUUGCUUCAUCCUCUCUCUCUCUCUCCAGUUAUCGGAGCAUGCAAAGGCAUCAGUCUCAGCAUUUUCGGUAGAAAUGACGAACAAGGGCAAAGGAAAGGGCAAGGAGGUCGCCGGAAAAGCUUCGACUGGCAAGCGCAAGGCCAGCUUCGAUGAUGACAAGACCGGUGGCCGCUUCAAGUCAGCAGCCAUGAAGUUUAUCGAUGACGCCGCUGACGUUGAUGACAGCGAUGACAGCGACGACAGCGAUUUGAGCGAAGAGAGUGAUUUCGGCGACGAUUCUUCUGACGAAGCUUUUGAUUCCUCUCCGAGAAGAAUGAGCGAACCAGGCCCGAGCAAUUUCCCGCGUGUUCCUAAAGAGGAAUUGGUGGACGAAGAAGAGUUUGAUAGAAUAUUGGAGGAGCGCUACGCUGAUCCAUCUAGAUUUAUCAAAUUUGCUGAUGAGUUUGAUGACAAAGGCAACAACUCAUAUUCUAUUCAUGACGCGGUCAUGGAAUUAAUGCCCAACAUCUGGAAAGUCAAAUGCACUGUUGGCCGGGAGAGGCUUUCAGCUUUGUGUCUGAUGCAGAAGUUUGCUGAUUUGUUUUCUUUGGGUACUGUCUUGAAGAUAAAAUCUGCUUUUGCCGUAGAUCAUAUGAAAGGUUUUGUAUACAUUGAGGCCGAAAGGCAGUGUGAUAUAAAUGAGGCAUGUCAAGGGAUUCCCGGAAUCUAUGUUACUCGAGUAGCUCUAGUACCAAAUAGUGAGGUCUAUCAUCUUUUUUCUGUUAGAAAUAGAACCCCUGAAAUUUCUGAGGGUAUGUGGGCUCGAAUAAAAGGUGGUAAUUACAAAGGGGAUUUAGCACAGGUGGUGGCUGUAAAUAAUACCAGGAAAAAGGUUACAGUUAAGCUCAUUCCAAGAAUUGAUCUGCAAGCUUUGGCUGCCAAAUUUGGUGGAGGUUAUAGUCGCCAAAAGGUUGCUGUACCAGCCCCUAGAUUAAUCAGCUCGAGUGAACUUGAGGAGUUCCGACCACUCAUUCAGGUCAAGCGUGACCGGGAAACGGGCAAGGUUUUUGAGGUUCUUGAUGGGUUGAUGCUCAAGGAUGGGUAUGUAUACAAGAAAGUAUCUCCGGAUUCAUUAAGUUUAUGGGGUGUUGUGCCAACAGAAGAGGAGCUGUUAAAAUUUGGGACUUGUGAAAACAAUGAGUCAAAAGAUCUAGAGUGGCUUGCUCAACUUUAUGGUGGUAAGAAGAAAAAACGUGUAAUAAGACCCAACAAAGGAGGUGGGAAAGGAGAGAGUUCAUCAGAUUUGGGUGUGGGAAAUGAUUUUGAACUUUAUGAUUUAGUAUGUUUCGGGAAGAAGGACUUUGGUGUAAUAGUCGGCAUGGAUAAAGAUGAUAUUUACAGGAUUCUAAAAGAGAGUUCAGAUGGACCUGUUGUUAUAACUAUUGAACGAAAGGAAAUAAAGAGUGGGCUAUUGGAUUUGAAACUCACUGCCUUUGAUCAACAAAAUAAGGCUAUAUUGGUUAAUGAUACUGUCAGGGUUCUAGACGGUCCAUCUAAGGGUAAACAAGGCAUUGUUAAGCACAUUUAUAGGGGAAUUGUCUUUUUGCAUGAUGGAAAUGAGGAAGAAAAUGGAGGUUACGUCACAUGUAAAUCUAAUAUGUGUGAGAAGGUCAAGCUUGAUGCUGGUGAUUUCAGUGGAAAGGAUAGUGAACCAGGUCCUUUAUUCUUUGAAGACCAACCAUCAUCACCAAGAUCUCCCUUAUCACCCAAAAAACCAUGGCAAGCAAGGGAAAAUAAUCGAGAAUUUAACCGUGGGGACAGCAAUAACAUGUUUAAUAUUGGUCAGACCUUGAGAAUUAGGAUAGGUCCUUUGAAGGGAUACCUUUGCCGUGUCAUUGCCUUGCGCCGCGCUGAUGUAACUGUGAAACUUGAUUCUCAGCAGAAGGUUCUUACAGUUAAAUGUGAGCAUCUUUCUGAGGUUCAGGGGAAGAGUGCUGCCAUUUCAUCACGUGGUGAUCCAGAUUCAAGUUCAUCUAAGCCAUUUGAGCUGCUGGGUGGUGAAGGAAGCUCUGGAGGUUGGCUGAAUGGAGUGGGAACUUCCACUGGCAGUGGUGGAUGGAAUGCUGCUGGGGCAUCAUCUGAAAGGGGUACAUGGUCUAAUGAUUCUGCUCCAAGCUUAUUGAAGCCAGACUCUUCCUUAAAUCCUUUCAGUUCCAAGGGUGCAGAGGAUUCUCCUUGGGAAACUAAAAGUAAUUCAAACCAGAACUCUCCAUGGGUUGCUGCAGUGGAGAAGACUGGAGUUGCUUCUAAUCCAGAAAACUCUGGUGGCUGCUGGGGAAAUGGUGGAGGCAGUUGGGGUCUGGCAGAACGUAAAACUGGAAGUGUGGGUGAUGACAAUCAGAAUAGCAAUUGGAAUACAACCAAGAUUUCUGAAAAGGAAUCUUCUGGUUGGAACAGUGUCCAAAAGUCAAAUGAAACUUCAUUGACUGGAUGGGGUGAUGGCAAUGGUUUUAAAAGUGGAUCAGAUGAAGGAAACCUCACUUCUAAUUGGCGUGGGUGGGAGUCUGGAACAAGUGGAGUCAAAGUCGGAAAUCCUUCUGGUUCUUCAGAUAUCAAUGCUAGUAAGGAUGCUGGAUGGAGCAAUAAACCAAAUAAGGAAGGGAGUGAGCCAUCUGGUAUGGGAACAAAAAGCAAUUGGAAUGCUUCCGGAUAUUCGUCACGUGAUGUGGAGGAAGAAGGUAAAGAUCAAGGUGGUUGGAGUGCAGGAAAUACUUCAGACGGUCCAGCUGUGGGGUUCGGUCAAGCUGAAAAUAGUGGUUCUGAUUUGGGAAAAGACAGUAAAUGGAAUGCUGUAUCUGAUGGUACUGGUGCGAAUCAAGGGAAUGGUUGGGGUCAGAAAAGCAAUUGGAACUCUGGAUCUUGGAAUGACUCAAAUGAAAAGAAAUCUACCAGUGGGAAUUCUCACUGGAGUUCUGGGCGUACUGAGCCUGGAAAUCAAGAUUCCAACUUGGACAUGAAAAGCAAUUGGAACUCUGGAAGCAGUGGAAACUGGGCUUCUGAUUCGAAAAAUAGCAAUUGCAAUCCUGGAUCUGAUAAUUCCAAUGAAAAUCCAGACAGGGGAAAUAAUGACAACUGGAACAGUAAUAAGCGUUUUUCGAGUGCGGGGAAUGAAAGCAAGAAUUCUAGCUGGAGUUCUAGGCAUCCUGAUACUGGAAUUAAUGAUAGUAGCUGGGGCAAUAAAAGUAAUUGGAAUUCUGGAUCAGGUGAUGCCAAUCAAAACAACAGUUGGAAAAACAAUAGCAGCUGGAGUGCAGGCUCAAGCGAUAAACAGUUGAAUAGUGAAAAUGAAGGUUCAAAUGAAAAUUCUAGAGGAGUUGGUGGUGGGAACUGGAGAGGUUGGAAUUCUGGAUCAGGUGACGCCAAUCAAAACAACACUUGGAAAAGCAAUAGCAGCUGGAGUGCAGGCUCAAGCGAUAAUCAGUUGAAUGGUGAAAAUGAAGGUUCAAAUGAAAAUUCUAGAGGAGCAGGUGGUGGGAACUGGAGAGGUGGUUACCAGGGUAGGGGUGGAUCAGACAGAGGGGGCUUUAGAGGUAGGGGUUUUCGAGGUAGAGGAGACCGUGGGGGUUUUGGAGGCAGGGGAGAUCGUGGGGGUUUUGGUGGCCGGGGAGACCGUGGGGGUUUUGGUGGCCGGGGAGACCGUGGGGGUUUUGGUGGCCGGGGAGACCGUGGGGGUUUUGGUGGCCGGGGAGACCGUGGUGGGGGAGACCGUGGGGGUUUUGGUGGCCGGGGAGACCGUGGUGGGGGAGACCGUGGGGGCUUUGGUGGUAGAGGUAGAUCGGACAAGGAAGGUUUUGGUGGUAGGUGGGGAUCAGGUGGAGGCCGAGGUCGAGGAAGGAGUGAUCAAUCUGGUAGUUGGAACAAUAGGAGGGAUUCUAGUGAGGAUGGGUCCUCUGACUGGAAGAAGGGUCCAGGUAAUGUUGAAGGAUGGAGUAAUAGUAAUGGAUCCCAGGCUUCGAAUCAGGAUACUGGUGACAAAAAAAAGAAGAGCUGGAGCCAGGAAAAUGCGGAUAAGGAGCAUCCUAGCUGGAACCGAGGAGGUGGAAGUGAAGAGAGAUGGAGUUCAGCAAGUGGUGGGGCUAAUGAUAAUAGAUCCCAGGCUUGGAAACAUGAUACUGGGGACAAGGACAGGCAGAGCUGGAGCCAAGGGAAUGCAGAUAAGGAGAGUCCCAGUUGGAACCAAGGGGGUGGAAAUAAGCCAAAGUGGAGCUCAGCAGAUGGUGGAGCUAAUGAUUCAGGCUGGAAUCAAGGAGGUGGAAGUAAGAAGAGCUGGAGUUCAGUAAGUGGUGAAGCUAAUGAUAAUGUAUCUCAGGCUUGGAACCAGGUGAAUGCAGAUAAGGAUCGUUCUGGCUGGAACCAAGGUGGAAAUAAGCAGAGCUGGAGCUCCGCAAGUGGAGCUAACGAUAAUUGGAACAGCAAUGAGUCAAGACAGGCUACAUGUGCUAGCUUGAAAAAAUCUACAGCUGAAGAGACCAAUGUCCAGGAUGGUGGGUGGAACAAGGGAUCUAGUUCAAACACUACUGGAGUUCUGAAGUGGGGUCAAUCUAGUAGUGCUGCAGAUAAUGGUCAAUCUUCUAGCUGGAAAGAAUCAGCAGAAGGUGCAGCAGGUUCAUGGGGCAAGAAAAAUGACGGGGUUGUCAAAGGUGGAUGGUAGUUGCUUUCUUUCUAAAACGUGAUGGACCGGAGCAUUUUGAAAUGUAGCCAAUGGCAAACCUUUUUUUUUUUUUUUGUAUAUCCUUAUAAAUCUUUGCUGAAACGUGAUUUCUUCCUUUUACUAAACAAGUUUGGUGAAUGACUAAUCCCUUCUUCCGUUUUA